UCCUGAAAGACCGCCGGUUAAGUGUUGUGGCUGCAGUGAGUUACUACUGUAUUGGACGGUCGGCAGAUUGAAAGCGUGCCCUGUAGUUCCGGUCGUGUACGCAUUUUGCAGAUGUUUAUCAAGGCGUUCAUCACGGUUGGUUUGGCGUCGAUGGUGUUGGCAAGGCCACAGUUCAUAACAUUCAAAGAUGGUCGUGUGGGUGUGAACUUUGGCGGUUAUCACGCGUCCGCCGGUCUGGGCGGUUUGUUGACCGGAGAUUCAGCCCACGGCGGUCUUCAGGCUGAAGCAGGCACACCGUGGGGAGCACGAGCUGGUGCAGGACUCGGAGGGGAUGCCAGUGGACAAGGCGCUAUGUACGCCGAAGCACGAUCUCCAUGGGGCAGGGCCGGAGCAGGUCUUGGAGGGGAUUUGGCAGCCGAUGAUGGCCCAAGUGGAAACGCUAUACCGCGCGGUUACAAAUACUCCUACGCUAGGAAACAUUAGUUAGCUUGCAAUUGCUAUAUUAUUUCCACGAUAAAUAUAUUAUGAUAUUGUCACGAUUUAUAUUAGAACGUAAUUUGCACAUAUUGAAUAAUAGAAUUAUGACACAUGGAGUACCAAAGAAAAGUCCCACGAUGCAACUGUAUACCAAAUAAUUCAAAAUAAUGUCGCCAAAGAAUAUCUAAAUCCAUUAAUUUUUAUCG